CGUGAGGAAGCGUCUGACGUUGUGUGUUUACACCUGUCAAAUUGUAUUGAAGAGCAUUUACAUUUCGUCUUACAAGGACCAAAUCCGCAGACCCACACUGAAGCGCUUUCGGUAGCCACCAACAGGACGGACCCUCUGGUAACUGACCUCUUGCAGUGGAACAACUCUUGAACCAUGAGCUCUGUGGCUGUGUUGACCCCGGAGAGCUUUGCUGAACAUCGCAGUGGUCUCCGAGAUCAGGAGAUAACAGGCGGUGUGCCGGAAGAUGAGGCCUACAUCCCUACUUACCUAGAGGCAUUCCCCCCCCUCCCUGAGAAUAGGGGAAAUUUGGGGGACAAGUCUGGGGAGCUGGGCCGGGCAUGGAGCACCAAAAUCAGACCCAUCCGAGCCUCUGUCAUUACCCAGGUGUUUAACGUACCACUGGAGGAGCGGCGCUACAAGGACAACAGCCAGUUUGGGGACGGGGGCGAAGAGGCCAAGGUGUGCCUGGACAUCAUGCAGCGGACGGGGGCGCACAUUGAGUUGUCCCUGGCCAAGGACCAAGGCCUGUCCAUCAUGGUCACUGGAAAACUGGACUCUGUCAUGAAGGCCCGCAAAGAGAUCGUGGCUCGGCUGCAGACACAGGCGUCAGCCACAGUGGCCAUCCCCAAAGAGCACCACCGGUUUGUGAUCGGUAAGAACGGCGAGAAACUCCAAGAGCUGGAGCUGAAGACAGCCACUAAGAUCGCCAUCCCCCGACCCGAUGACCCCAACCUCAACAUCAGGAUCACAGGCACCAAGGAGGGCAUCGAGAAGGCCCGCCAUGAGAUACUGCUCAUCUCCGCUGAACAGGACAAGCGGGCGGUGGAGCGUCUGUCGCUAGAGAAGGCGUACCACCCGUUCAUCGCCGGGGCCCACAACCGCCUGGUCCAGGAGCUGAACCGGGAGACGGGCGCCCGCAUUAGCAUCCCGCCGCCCGGCCUCCACAAGGACGAGAUCGUCAUCACGGGAGAGAAGGAGGCGGUCGCCCUAGCCGCCAGCCGCAUACAGGCCAUCUACAACGACAAGAAGAGAAAGACCACCACCAUCUCAGUGGAAGUGAAGAAGUCGCAGCAUAAGUACAUUGUGGGGCCUAAAGGAAACAGCCUGCAUGAGAUCAUGGAGAGCACCGGCGUUUCCGUGGAGAUGCCCCCGCUGGACUCUGCCUCCGAGACCAUCAUCCUUAGGGGUGAGCCGGACAAGCUAGGCCCCGCCCUCACCCAGGUCUACGCCAAGGCCAAGAGUGUGAAGGUAGUGGAGGUGACCGCCCCGGCCUGGCUCCAUCGCUUCAUCAUCGGCAAGAAGGGACAGAACAUUGGACGAAUCACACAGCAGCUACCCAGAGUUCACAUUGAGUUUACUGAUGGCGAGGAACAGAUCUCCCUGGAGGGCCCCACGGAGGAGGUGGAGCAGGCCCAGGUCCAGAUACAAGGCAUCAUCAGAGACCUGCUGGUGAGGAUGGACUACACAGAGGUCAACAUAGACCAACGCUUCCAUCGACACCUCAUAGGCAAGAAUGGAGCCAAUAUUAACCGUAUCAAGGAGCAGUACAAGGUGUCCGUGUGGAUCCCCCAGGAACCGGAUAGAAGUGGUCUGGUACGCAUCGAGGGUGACCCGAAGGGGGUGCAGCUCGCUCGCAAAGAGCUGAUGGAGGUGGCCCAUAGGAUGGAGAAUGAGUGCACCAAAGAACUGAGCGUGGAGCAGAGGUUCCACCGUAGCAUCAUCGGCCAGAAGGGGGAGAAGAUCAAAGAGGUCCGAGACAAGUUUCCGGAGGUCGUGAUUAAUUUCCCUGACCCAGCUCAGAAGAGUGACAUGGUGCAGCUGAGAGGACCCAAGAACGAGGUGGAGAAAUGUUCCACGUUUCUGGCCAAACUCAUCCAGGACCUGGUAGAAAACACAUUUUCCCUCUCCAUCACCAUCUUCAAACAGUUCCACAAAAACAUCAUCGGAAAAGGAGGCGCCAACAUCAAAAAGAUCCGUGAGGAAACCUGCACUAAGAUCGACCUGCCUGCAGAGAACAGCAACAGCGAGACGAUAGUGAUCACUGGCCGGAAGAACAACUGUGAAGCUGCCAGAGACAGGAUCCUUGCCGUCCAGAGAGAACUGGCCAACAACAGGGAGGCUGAGGUCACCAUCCCGGCUAAGCUCCACAACUCUGUGAUCGGCUCUAAGGGCUGCCUGGUGCGGGCCAUCAUGGAGGACUGCGCCGGGGUGCACAUCCACUUCCCCUCUGAGGGCUCAGGGUCAGACAAGGUCACCAUACGAGGACCCGCCGGGGAGGUUGAAAGGGCCAAGAGACAACUAUUACUUCUGGCUGAGGAGAAGGAAGUAAACAACUUCACAGCCGAGCUACACGCCAAGCCAGAGUACCACAAAUUCCUGAUUGGCCGGGGCGGUGUCAACAUCCGCCGCGUGCGAGACUGUACGGGCGCUCGCAUCAUCUUCCCAUCUCCAGACGAGACAGAGAAAGAACUCAUCACCAUUGUAGGCAAAGAGGAGGCAGUUAGAUUGGCCCAAAAAGAACUGGAGACCCUCCUCAAGAACCUGAAUGACGUGGUGGAGGACUGCAUGGUGGUAGAGACGCGGCACCACCGCCACUUUGUCUGCAGGAGGGGCCAGGUGCUUAGGGAGCUGGCGGAAGAAUACGGCGGCGUGGCGGUCAGCUUCCCCCGCACCGGCGCUCACAGCGACCGCAUCACCCUGAAGGGGGCCAAGGACUGUGUUGAAGCGGCCAAACGGCGCAUUCAGGAGAUCAUCGAGGAUUUGGAGGCCCAGGUGAGUGUGGAGGUGGAGGUACCCCAGCAGUACCACAGGGCUGUAAUGGGGCCUAAAGGAUGCAGGAUCCAACAGAUCACCCGAGACCAUGACGUCCAGGUCAAAUUCCCAGACAGGGAUGAGAGUGUCACAGCAGGUCAGGAGGCGCCCCCUCCUCAGGAGAAUGGCAAUGCCAGCCUGGAGGGAGAGACUGUCCCCCGCAGGUGUGACAUCAUCACCAUCUCCGGACGGACGGAGAAGUGUGAGCUUGCAAAAACAGCCCUGCUGGCCCUGGUACCAGUCACAGAGGACGUCCAGGUGUCCUACGACCUGCACCGUUACAUCAUCGGUCAGAAGGGCAGCGGCAUCAGGAAGAUGAUGGAGGAGUACGAGGUGAAUAUCUGGGUGCCUCCGCCCGAUCAGCAGUCGGACGUGAUCAAGGUGACCGGGCAGAUGGCCAGUGUAGAGAGGGCCAAGCUGGGUCUCCUGGAGAGGGUCCGAGAACUACAGGCAGAGCAGGAGGACAGGGCCUUACGAAGCUUCAAGGUGUCCAUCUCUGUGGAUCCCAAAUUUCACCCUAAGAUCAUUGGCAAGAAGGGAGCGGUCAUCUCUCAGAUCCGUAAAGACCACGAUGUCAGCGUCCAGUUCCCUGAUAAAGGGGACGAGCAGCAGGACGUGAUUGUGAUUUCUGGGUACGAGCGGAACACCGAGGUGGCGCGGUCAGCCAUAGAGCAGCUGGUGUCAGCUCUGCAGGAGAUGGUCAACCAGGACGUGCACAUAGACCCCCGCACGCACGCACGCAUCAUCGGGGCCCGCGGCAAGGCCGUCCGCAAGGCCAUGGAGGAGUUCAAGGUGGACAUAAGGUUCCCCCAGCCGGGUUCUGAAGACCCAGGCAGAGUGACUGUGACUGGACUACCGGACUGUGUUGACAACGCCAUAGAACACCUGCUCAACCUGGAGGAGGAAUAUAUGCUGAGUGUGACGGAGACCGAGACCAUGGCGGCCUACAUGAAACCGCCGUCCCGCUACAGAGGGAGUGAUGGAGGAGGGCCGGACGACAACGGCGGGUUGGCGGCCAAGGGCUUCGUGGUGCGGGACGCCCCCUGGAACGACAAGGCACCUGACAUGAGCAGCGCCGAGGACUUCCCCACCUUCGGGGCGGGCGCGGCCCCUAAACAGACCUCUGCCUGGGGUCCCAAGAAGUUCUGAGACGUCUGGGGAAACGGCAGGAGAACAAAUACUGGACCAGCUGCUCCCCAUUUCUCCGUUGCAGCUAUUACCUUCAACCAGCAACCCCGGGAAGCGGGAAGAGAGCAUCCUCCAUCCUCUUCUGUCAGCAUCCACCCUUUCCUUCUUCUCUUGCCCCUUCACAUCACUCCUGUAAAAGUCGUUGACACCUUUUGAAAAUACUUGAUCUAAUCAAGCCCAAACCGACAGCUGAGACUGCCGUAGACAGUUCUUCUGAACUAAGUUAUCCCAGCAUGAAGUGGAACAGAACACCAGCCAACAUCCCUUUAUACAAGACGGGGGAAGCAAAGGAUUUUAGCUUGGUUGGGAGUUAACAACUCAUGACAUUGAGUUGUAACUCAUGACAGUGUAACCCCUGGUUUUAGGAUGAAAUGGGAUUUUUUUUUUUUACUGAUGUGUACACAAUGUUUUACUGGGGUUUUUACUAGUUUGUUGCCAGCUGAUCCUUCAAGCACUAAUGACAACAUAUCACAAUAUUUGCGAUGGGGGAAAAUAGCAGGCAGAAGUGUUUUGGGAGGUCUUUACUCUUAAAAGAAAAGAAUGUGCGUAGAUCCUACUGUCAUUUAUUUUGCUAAAAGAACUUUUAGAACUUUGUUUUCUCAUGGUGAGAUUUUGUCUUUCGAGUCUUAAAACCUGCGACGUCCGAUUGUGUACCAAGAGUUACGUAUCCAUGUUAUUUAUUACCUGUUUUAUUUAUUGAAACGUCUGUGAUCCUGACGCUUUUAGCAAGCACUCUGCUUCCUGCUUCAUUGCUUUUGGUGAAGUCCCUGUGUACGAUGGGUGGAGCAGGAGGAAUGUUGUGUCAGUGGAUGUGUAAAAAAAAAAGAAGAAAAAAAAACCUGCAAAAAAAAACUUCCCCUGUUCAUUUGUGUGUAUGUACGGUGUAUAUUGUACAGAAGCGUGACCGAUCUAUUACUUCCUUCCAGCUCCGUCAACCCCCCCCCCCCCCCCCCCCCAAGCCAUGACGUUCAGUCACCUUGUCUGGUCUCAGACCCGUCUGACCCGCUGUAAGGUGGGUUCCGUUGUCAUUCGAGCUGUGCGCCGACCACUGUGCAUUCACAGGAAAGGUACGUGUUCUUUCUGUAGGAAUCCCUGUUGAAUCAACUGCUGCACUUAGUUCUAUGAUUUGUAGAGUAAACUUGUUUUAUAUACAUAUUUAUCGUACUACACACUGACCCCUCCUUUCGUUCCGCUGAACCGUUAUGGCCACCGUUUCUCCACUGUAGUCAGGAGCUGAUCUAGUCCCGACCAGCAGAGGGACAGACCUUCGUCUGACACUAUCAGUGGUUAAGGACUCACUUCUGCUUAUUGGUUGGCUCUCAUCUGCGUUGUGUGGUGUCCCCUGUGGGUGGAGAUUUCACUUCGGGGACAAUCAUUGGCCCAAAGGUGCAACAUCGGCCCCACAAAGCACACCGUCCAACACUAGACCAACCUGCCUGUUUUAUCUACUCAGAACCAGCAUCUGUAGUAUGAGAGGUUAAUAUGAUUUCACUUCCAUGUGCCUGUUGUUUCCAGAUGAGAAUUAAUAGAGGGGGUAGAAAGCUGCUCGGACCACAUUGGCUAGAAUGGGAAUGACCAUUGUAAUGCUUCUACAGUUGUGUCCUUUAAGGUUAAACAGACUAUGCAAUCCAACUAGAAGCAUAGAUAUGGCUGUUUUUACACAAAAUAACAAUUGUUUAAACUUUUUUGCACUAGUCCUUUGAACACUCAUCUUUUUGACCUGACCCCCUCUUCGUCAUGGGUCAGAGGCUGUGUAUUCACCUUACUGAUGCAGGUGGGUGUGUGUUACGACACAUCAGCGGAGCCAGAGCGGGCUGAACUUUUUUCUGGGGAGAGUUGAGAGAACACCAUUGGCCUUAACUCGAUUUGUCCAAAAAAAUUCAAUACUAAAAGUUCCGGUUGACUCAACAUGCAACGCUGCAAUAACAUGUCAGUGGCUGGGUUUUGUUCCUAUACCGAAUAAAAAUGUUAAGUCACCAAAAGAUUUUUUUGCAUUCUUGACUGGUGCGAAUAAUCAAAUAAGAGGACAGUCUUAAAAACCACAAAGCCAGGCCAGAGUACUGUGCAUACUGUCUGUCGGUAUAUAUAUAUUUUUUUUACAAAUCAGGAAGAUAUGAUUUCAUGUUGUGUAACAGCCUGUACAACGCAACAUACAGAAGGAAAAAAAAA